UAGAGGAGAGGGAGGGAAGGAGGAGGGCACAGUAGAAGAAGGCAGGGAGUAUCAAUGACAUCAACCAGCAGCAUCUGACGGUGCCCCGACCGGCAAUGCUCUCCCGACAAAAGGGCUGAAGAGCAGCCGCGACCCGCUGCGCUCCCGAGAGGUCGCGUCGACGGCCAGGACUGUGGGGAAACGCCGGCGAUGCGUGCAUGCGCCCUCCGCGAAGGCAGACCUGUCUCUGAGGGGAGCUCCGCUGCCGCUGGAUUACAUUUCUCCUCACCGUUUCCGAGGAAGCCUCCAGCUGCACAUCCACCCACAUGAAUCUAGGAGCCGGCGAGGGAGACGGAGCAGCACGCGUCAAGAGUGAGUGAAGCCCCGCCCACACCUCCAUCGUCUCCAAGUGGCCCACGGUUGCACCAUGCCUCUGCCCAGGACCGGUGGAGCUCCAGCCCACGUCAGCAGGCCUCUCCUGGGCCUCUGUAGGCUGCUGCCUUUGGUUAUCCUACUGACCUGCCCUCUGAGCGGCCUGUGUGGACCACUAGCUUCCCCCAAGUUCUCCAAGACUCCCACAGACCAGAUCGGCGUGUCGGGGGGCGUGGCGUCCUUCGUGUGCCAGGCCACUGGCAAUCCCAAGCCCGUCGUCUACUGGAACAAGAAGGGCAAGAAGGUCAACUCCCAGCGCAUCGAGACGGUAGAGUUUGACGAGGGGGCAGGCGCCGUGCUGAGGAUUCAACCGCUCCGAGCCCCGCGAGACGAGAACGUCUACGAGUGCGUGGCCCGCAACAGCGAGGGGGAGGUGUCUGUCACGGCGAAGCUGGCCAUUAUCAGAGAGGACCUGUUGCCAUUCGGCUUCCCCAGCAUAGACAUGGGUCCCCAGCUGAAGGUGGUGGAGCGGACCAGGACGGCCACCAUGCUGUGCGCUGCCAGCGGCAUCCCAGACCCGGAGAUCUCCUGGUUCAAAGAUUUCCUCCCCGUGGACCACAGCACCAGCAACGGACGCAUCAAACAGCUCCGAUCGGGAGCGCUGCAGAUCGAGAACAGCGAGGAGACCGACCAAGGGAAGUAUGAGUGCGUGGCCACCAACUCUCAGGGCGUGCGCUACUCGUCCCCCGCAAACCUCUACGUUCGAGAGCUUCGAGAAGGAGCGACAGACACAUUGCGCCGUGUGCCCCCUCGUUUCUCCAUCCUUCCCUCCAACCAUGAGAUCAUGCCCGGAGGCAGCGUCAACAUCACCUGCGUGGCCGUGGGCUCUCCCAUGCCCUACGUCAAGUGGAUGCUGGGAAAUGAGGACCUGACCCCGGAGGAUGAAAUGCCGAUUGGCCGAAAUGUGCUAGAGCUCAACGGUGUCCGGGAGUCGGCCAACUACACUUGUGUGGCCAUGAGUAGCCUGGGUAUCAUCGAGGCCACUGCACAGGUCUUAGUGAAGACUUUGCCAAAACCUCCCGGCACACCCAUCGUCACCGAGACCACCGCUACCAGUGUGACCAUCACCUGGGACUCCGGCAACCCAGACCCCGUGUCCUACUACAUUAUCCAGUACCGAGCCAAAGGGCCGGACAGCAAAUACGAGACGGUGGACAGCAUCACAACCACCCGCUACAGCAUCGGGGGGCUGUACCCCAACACGGAGUACGAAAUCAGGGUGUCGGCGUUCAACAGCAUCGGCCAGGGCCCCCCCUCCACACGCGUGGAAGCUCGCACGGGAGAGCAGGCACCCGCCAGCCCCCCUAGAAAUGUCCUCGCUCACAUUAUCUCUGAAAACACUGUGAUGGUUCGCUGGGAGGAGCCGGAAGAGCCCAACGGACAGGUUAAAGGCUACCGUGUCUACUACACCAUGGACCCGUCCCGGCCUAUUAACGAGUGGCAGAUCCAUAAUGUGCAGGACAGCAUGAUCACCACCAUACAGAACCUCGUCACCUCAGAGACCUACACCAUCCAGGUCCUGGCCUUCACCUCAGUGGGCGACGGCCCCUUCUCCGACCCCAUACACGUUAAAGUGCUGCCCGGAGUCCCAGGCCAACCGGGGAAGUUCAAAGUGGGCAAGGUGACAGACACCAGCAUUGAGUUGACCUGGGAACCUGCCUACACCAAGGAAGGAAUUGUCAACUAUGAGCUGUUGUACAAACCAGUCAAGUUCGGCACUUUGGAGAAACUGACCUUCGGCCCGCGGAAUGCGUACACAGUGGAGGGCCUGAAGGCCAACACGGAGUACUCCUUCUCGCUGGCCGCCAUCUCCAACAAAGGCAUCGGCGCUUUCACCAACGAACUGGUGCAGAGGACGUCGCAAGCCAAGCCCUCGGCUGCACCGAAGGGUGUGUCCUGUGAGAGUGCCAGCUCCACCUCGCUGAGAGUUAGUUGGAGGCCGCCUCCAAUGGAGGGCCAGAAUGGCGAGUUGGCAGGUUAUGAGCUGAGAUACCAGAGAGUUUCUGGGUCAGGCGGAGGAGGUCAGGGCCAGGAGGUAAAGGGGCUUCCUAUCCCUGCCCAGCAGGGGCAGACACUGUUAGAGGGGCUGGAGAAAUGGAGCUGGUACAACAUCACUAUUGCAGCUUCCACUGCAGAGGGGAUGGGACCCAACAGCCCGGCAAUGCUCUGCAGAACUGAUGAGGACGUUCCCGGUGCAGCCCCGCGUCAGGUGGACAUCCAGCCCCUCAACUCCUCUGCUCUCAGGGUCGCCUGGCGAGCGGUGUUGCCCCGGUUACGACAGGGCCAGAUCCGUGGGUACCAGGUGCAUUUUAGCCAGGCAGAGAGCGGCGAAUCCCGCAACCUUCCCCGGAUCAAAGACCUCCUAUUGGAUGAGUCUCAGAUGGAGGAGGAUGACUCAACUCAAUAUGAACUGAUUUUGGGGGGUCUGAAAGCAGACACGUUGUACUCAGUGUCCGUGGCAGCGUACACCACCAAGGGGGAUGGAGCACACAGCAAAGCCAAACUGGUGCAAACCCCAGGGAUUGUGCCCGGCCCCCCCUCACUCUGGCUGCGUCCGGGAUCAGGACCGUCGGUGGUCGUGCGGUGGGCUCCUCCGCCGGAGUGCUCUGAGUCAGACUCUGAAAGCCGUGGGGGCCCAGUGGAAAUCCAGAGCUACCGCCUACAGUUUGGUCUCAAGAACACAUCUCUGGACACCACAGUGGAUUUCACCAAUCGAGAGAAAGACUUCACUGUCAGAGACCUCUCCCCAGGCGCCUCCUAUGUCUUUGUCCUCUCUGCUAAGAGCAGGGCAGGCUAUGGAGAUGCGGUGCAGCAGGAAAUAACAGUGCCCAUGAUCCCCCCCUCGGGAUACCCCAGAAUAUAUGACUUUGUAAAUGCCACAUGCUGCUCCCUCCAGUUCUCCUGGCUGCCCCCUGCCCCAGAGGAGUCCUAUGAUCUCAUUACAGAGUACACCAUAGCUUACAAAGAAGCGGCGGGACCCAAACCCUCCACUGACCCUGGCUCCUCCGCCUUAGCCCCUCCCGCCCCCCCUUGGCUGAUUACUUUGCCAGCGAGUGAGUCCAGCUACACCAUCCUGGGCCUCAAUCACAGCAUGGCCUACGAGUUGCAACUCAGAGCCCACAACAAGGCAGGGCCAGGCCCCUUCAGUCCACCUCUGGUGUGGCAAACCCUGGCCUUUGACACAGAUGUGCCGAGGAACUUCUCUGUGAACUUAGCCACUAAGACCAGCGUCCUCCUGACCUGGGAGUUUCCAGAAAGCAGCAACCCUUAUCGCUUUACUGUGGAGUACAAUAGGCAGAAAAUGGAGGUGGACGCUCGCUUCAAGAAGGCGGUCAUCCCCAACCUUCAGCCCGACACCAGCUACGACUUCAAGAUCACUGCGCCCGAGGGAAACAUGGGCGGCCUCCGCCACCGCAUCACUGCCAAGACCUCGCCGCCGAUCACCAUUCGCCGCCCUGAGAUCGACCACACCCGCGACACCGAGACCACAGUCACUAUAAUCCUGCCUUCACUGGAGACUCGCACUCCCAUCAAGAAUGUUUAUGUGGUUGUGGUUCCACUGAGAAGAGCCCGCGGCGUCAUCAGACACCUCAAGAGCCCAGAUGAAAUGGACCUAGAGGAGCUGCUGAAAGACAUCAGUCAAAGGCAGAGGGAUUCUCGGCAGCAGAAGCAGGUGGACCUGCGACGGGCUUACAUCACAGCCCGUUUCACACCUGCCACCCUACCAGCCUUCUUCACCCUUGGGGACCAGCUGGACUACGGCGGCUUUGAGAACCGGGCUCUGGAGCCGGGGCAGGAGUACGUCUUCUUCAUCCUGGCUGAGCUCAACUCCACCACUGGGAAAAUGUAUGUGGCCAGCCCGUACACAGACCCAGUGAUUGCCCCAGACUCCAACCCUCAGCCCCUGGACGCGGGCGACGGUCUGAUCUGGGUGGUGGGACCCGUCCUGGCCGUGGUCUUCAUCAUCUGCAUCGUCAUCGCGAUCCUGCUGUACAAAAACAGCAAACCUGACAGCAAGCGCAAGGACUCCGAACCAGGAACUAAGAGCCUCUUGAGCAAUGCAGAGAUGAUGGCCCAUCACCCGACGGACCCCGUGGAGAUGAGACGGAUCAACUUCCAGACUCCCGGAAUGAUGAGCCACCCCCCCAUCCCCAUCAGCGAGCUGGCUGAGCACAUAGAGCUGCUGAAAGCUAACGACAACCUGAGGCUUUCCCAGGAAUAUGAGUCCAUCGACCCUAGUCAGCAGUUCACCUGGGAGCAUUCGAACCUGGAGGUCAACAAGCCCAAGAACCGCUACGCCAACGUCAUAGCCUACGACCACACCAGGGUCAUCCUGGCUCCCAUAGAAGGUGUCCUGGGGAGCGACUACAUCAAUGCCAACUACAUUGACGGGUACAGGAAGCAGAACGCCUACAUCGCCACCCAGGGGCCGCUGGCGGAGACGUUCGGGGACUUCUGGAGGAUGGUGUGGGAGCAGAGAGCUGCCUCGGUGGUGAUGAUGACCCGUCUGGAGGAGAAGUCACGGAUAAAGUGUGACCAGUACUGGCCGAGCCGCGGCACAGAGACCUACGGGAUGCUGCAGGUCACCCUGCUGGACACCAUGGAGCUGGCCACUUUCUGCGUGCGCACCUUUUCCUUGCACAAGAGUGGAAGCAGUGAACGGAGAGAGGUGCGUCAGUUCCAGUUCACCGCCUGGCCGGAUCACGGCGUGCCCGAGUAUCCCACGCCCUUCCUCAACUUCCUCCGCAGGGUCAAAGCCUGUAACCCUCCUGACGCCGGGCCCAUCGCCGUGCACUGCAGCGCCGGCGUCGGCCGCACCGGCUGCUUCAUCGUCAUCGACGCCAUGCUGGAGCGCAUCCGCCACGAGCGCACCGUGGACAUCUACGGCCACGUGACCCUGAUGCGCUCGCAGAGGAACUACAUGGUGCAGACGGAGGACCAGUACAGCUUCAUCCACGAGGCGCUGCUGGAGGCGGUGGCGUGCGGCAACACCGAGGUGGCUGCCCGCAGCCUGUACUCGUACAUGCAGAAGCUGUCCAAGGUGGAGAGCGGGGAGCACGUCACCGGCAUGGAGCUGGAGUUUAAGCGACUGGCCAACACCAAAGCCCACACGUCCCGGUUCGUCACGGCCAACCUGCCUUGCAACAAGUUCAAGAACCGACUGGUCAACAUCAUGCCCUACGAAACCACCCGCGUCUGCCUCCAGCCAAUCAGAGGCCUGGAGGGCUCUGAUUACAUCAACUCCAGUUACAUAGACGGAUACAGGCAGCAAAGAGGAUACAUUGCCACCCAGGGUCCACUGGCUGAGACUACAGAGGAUUUCUGGAGAAUGCUGUGGGAGCACAACUCCACUAUAGUCGUCAUGCUCACGAAGCUGAGAGAGAUGGGACGGGAGAAAUGUCACCAGUACUGGCCCGCCGAGCGCUCGGCCAGGUACCAGUACUUCGUGGUGGACCCCAUGGCGGAGUACAACAUGCCUCAGUACAUCCUCCGGGAGUUCAAAGUCACAGACGCCAGGGACGGCCAAUCGCGGACAGUCCGUCAGUUCCAGUUCACCGAUUGGCCGGAGCAGGGCGUGCCCAAGUCCGGCGAGGGCUUCAUCGACUUCAUCGGCCAAGUGCACAAAACCAAGGAGCAGUUCGGCCAGGACGGGCCCAUCUCGGUCCACUGCAGCGCCGGCGUGGGCCGGACGGGCGUCUUCAUCACGCUGAGCAUCGUCCUGGAGAGGAUGCGCUACGAGGGGGCGGUGGACAUUUUCCAGACUGUCAAAAUGCUGCGGACACAGAGACCAGCCAUGGUGCAGACUGAGGACGAGUACCAGUUCUGCUACCAGGCCGCCCUGGAGUACCUGGGCAGCUUCGACCACUAUGCAACAUAGGCGACGCCGCCACCGACCGUCCACCGACCUUUUCUGCUUCAAGCUCCACAGACAAACCGACACGUGAAACACGAGAGAAGACUGGCUGAAACAACAAAAAACCUUUUUCCCGGGGAGCGAGCUUCAGAGAUGAAUUUACACCAACGAGGAUGAGAAAAAGGAAAAAAAAAAUAACAAACAGCAACUAGAAAUCCAUGUCUGACAGCACGCACGCACACACACACACACACACACACACACACACACACACACACACACACACACACACACACACACACCUGCAGCUUCCCUGAGGAGCUGCCGGCUGUGGACACUAUCCAUGUGUAAUCCAUAUACUUACCUCAGUGUUCCAGUGUGAAGGACGUAUAAUACAUGUGUGUUGUGGUCAGCUAUCUCCAAUAUGAACCAGUGAAAUACAAAUGGCUUCUGAACAGGAAUUAUGAUUCUAUAUAUGUGUAUAAAAUACAAAAAAAAAAGAUUCAAACACAAAGAGCCUGGAUAUUUGCUGCACCCUCAAUGGGCUUUUUAUCCUCAACUUUGUAUGGAAGUGAUGGGUUCGAUGUAUUAGGGGGUGACAAAGUGCAGAGGUGAACAUUUCUGUGUGUCCGUGAGCCUGCUCCAGAGGCUUCGGCCGCAGGCAGCUGUGGUUCUAGCUGAAGCUCACAGCGUGGACCCGACCCGACCCGACCCGAGGACUGCCGGAGACGCAUGCGGACGCCCGCUUGCUCCUCUUUUAGCCGGCGGCUUCAAGGAACGCGCGGCCCCGAACGCCGGCCCGAGGUUCGGUUCUGCCUUUUCCUCGCAGAACCCCGGCCCGCGCCCGUCACGUCCUCCGCAGUCCGACGCCUGCUUGCUGCUCGUCCCCGCUCGCCCUCCAGCUCAGCUCCCCCUGCGCCGCAUCGACGAGAUGCUGGUGACAGACUUCCUUCCUUCACACGUGCAACUGCUCUCAUGCCUGUUAUCGUCUUUGCCUGUUCUUUUGGGUCUCACCGUGUUGCUUCGCGUCCUGUCACAGCUUGAGGAUGAACAUUAUUUCCUGGUCACCUUCUUCUCCUGAAGCCCAGCUACUUGAAUCAGAGAGAGAGAGAAAUAUAAAUAUGGAUAUUUUACUAUUUAAUGGAAGGAGAACCUGCUGAACCGUCCCUUCAUCCGACCCUUCAUCCCCUCCUCCCUUUCCACACUGUACAGAGCAUCCCAGCCUAACCAGUCGAUGUGUUUCCCUUCUGACUGGUCCCAGUUCAGCUGCACAAGUACCUUCCCCUGGUCUGACAUAUAAGCGUAAUCGGUCCCACCUCCCGUGUAUCAGGCAUCUGGGGCGCUUUCACCGAUUUUUUGUACAUACAGUCUAUCAUUGGAGUCCUAUACGAGUACAGUUACAUACGUCUGAGCACAAGAUAUACCGUGGGACUGGAUGUGAUGUAGUUCUUAUUGUUGCAAAAAAAAAAAGCCUUAUUGUUGUUCACUUUGUCAUAUUUAUUUCAUAUGAUUUUCUAAGAUAUUUAUUAUUCUAUUUUGUUACAUUUUGCGUUGAUUUUUAUUUAUUUAUUUGAUAUAUCUAUCAACUAUAACCAACAAACUGUUGUUUACUUGUUUCUUUAGCGAGCCAAUGUUAAAAGUACGAUGUUGUCACCGUUUUGUUUCCGUUGUUCGUUUUUUAAAUGGUCAGCUUUGGUGCUUUUUUAUUUGCUUUUGUUAUUCUGAAGUAUGCCCUCUGUGUAGGGUGCUAUUUGAUACUGAUUACUGAUGUCCGACUAGUUAACCUAGAGAUGUACAUUAGAGGCAGACCUAGUUUAUGUUUACAGUGAUGUCCUUUUGAUGCCCUCCACUCUUGACCUCCCGAGCAUCAGCCGUGGUGUCGCGACACCACCCCGCAGUAACGCUAUGAGGGCAUCGGAGAGAUUAGAUUUAUAUAGCAGACGUGUCGGUGCGAGCCUCAUACAAGGGGUCGGUAUUUACGUUACGCUUGAAAGCACAUGGUAGCAGGUGUAUUUUUUCGACAGAGAACGGGUAAGAGACGCCCAGAUAUACACACCCUGGAAAGUUAUUGUUUAAAUCCAAAUAUUCUGAUCUUUAUGUGUGGUCCAGACGUCUUGACGAUGUGUGACAUAUAUGAAAUAUGUUAUUCCUUCAAUUUCUAAUGAUUAUUGUGUCAACAGAAAUAUAAGAGGCACACACAUGAAACGUGAUAUGAAAUGUGUCGAGGGCCAGCUCUGACGACGCCAUCCUCCUCACUUAUGUACCUGCUCUUUCCUUUGAAACAAUGGAUGUAGAUAUUGUAUCUUGACUUUGUAUUAAAAGCAGGAUGAUUGAAUAUACAGCACAAUGA